UUUGUCACUUCCGCUACGGCAUUGUCAAGGAACGUGUUCAUUUGAUACAUUUCUUUUUCAUAUAUUGGGCAUAAUCGGUUCCAGCUCAAAUCGCUUUCGAUUUUUGGACAAAAAAAAAGUAUAAAUACUCCAAUAUGUCUAACAAUACAGAGAGCAAACUUUUGCUAGACCCGUGCGAUGGAAUCGUCUUCGAUGGUCCAUUCAGCCGCUCGGUGAGCCGGAAGCUGGUCAUCAGUAACACCAGUAAGACCCAGCGAAUGGCCUUCAAGAUGAAGACGACCACUCCGAAACUUUUUUACGUGCGUCCCAACAUCGGAGUUUUGGGGCCCGAGGAAAAGGUCACCAUCGACAUCUUCAUGCAGCCAAUACUGCAGGAGCAAAUACAGAAGCGUCACAAGUUCCUUCUCCUGGCCGCCGAGGCGACUGGUGACAUAACCGAUAUGCAGGAGUUCUGGAAGCUGCAGAGGCCGGAGGAUAUAUGGGACACCAAGAUCAAAUGUGAGCUGAUCCCUUCGAAGGAGGAGGAGUUCCGUCAGGCUGGAGGUUCGGCUAGAUCCUCUACGGACAACAAGGACGGCGAGGUCCAUUUCGAUGCCCAGGAGGUCAGUGAGCCGGUGGCCAAGUUGCUCAAGCAAAUCAGCAUGCUGGAGGACGAGCGUCUGGCCCUUAAAGACCAGAUUGACAAUUUGCGUGACCAGACGAUUGAAACCAAUCCUGGCCAAGCGAUGAUGCGUCCACGCCGAGGACGCAUCAAUUUCUUCUUCAUGGCCGCCAUUAUUCUCACUAUAUUGGGCGCUUUGCUAGGCGCCUUUUAUGGCAAGAAUUAUUUGUGAAUUCUUUAUCAUGGCAGUUUUCAGAACGUAGGCCAGUAAAGUGCACCAAAAUUGUACGAAAAUUUGUUGUCAAUUAAACAAUUUACCCUAAAUGA